UAUUAUAAAUAUGAGUAAGAAUAAAUUGUAAAUUAUUGAAGGAAUUGGGAUAAAUCAUAUUUUUUCAUCAAAAAUAUAAAACAAAUAGAAAAAUCAAAAGCAUGAUGAGUAUUUAUGGAAUUUGAAAUACACAGUUAUACUAUAUGUGUAUACAUAGACGAAAAAAGAUACGACAUAACCUAUAUCAGCAGUUGUGUUUUUAUUCAUUGCACAAGGUGACCAAUGUCAAAACAAUUUUCAAGCUUGAUACAUAAUAAACAAACACAAUAUUUUAGAUAAGAUUGGAUAUACAAUGAAAAGAUAUUCAAUAUCUUACAAAUAUGAUUCUAACAAUCUAACAAAAAUGUUACAUGAUAUUUGUAACUGGAAUCACCUCAAUAAAGUAGCAAUAGAAUAUCAUGGCUUACAACAAGUCAUUUACAUAAGCUAUCAAGAUGUUCUUACUACAAGGAAUAUUAUUUCUGAUUAUUUGAAAUGCAUAAAGCAUUUUGAGUUCAUUGGCAUAAAUUUUGAUAUUCCUGAAUAUUGUAUAGUAUCUUUGAUACUUGGGAUUUUAACCAGUGAGCAUGGUUUUCUGAAUGUACCUUCGGAUGUAAUAGAAUUUACAACUUUAAAAAAUUUGUUACGUGUACAGUAUUUAUUUUCUAAACAAAUAACUACUGAUGGAAGUAUUUUGCAUCAAUUUAUUAUUCACAAUGAAUGUAUUUAUCUUAUAAAAUUGAAACAUGUUCAAGAACAAACUGCAAAAUAUUCAGAAAAGAACCAUUAUGCUUAUGCAAUUUGUACUUCUGGUUCCACUGGAAUAUCAAAAGUGAUUAAAGUGCCACAUUCCUGUAUAGUUCCUAAUAUUUUAGAUUUGACUAAGAUAUUAACAAUUACAGAAUCUGAUAAAAUAGCUCAGUUUACAAAUUUUACAUUUGAUCCUAGUAUUGUAGAAAUCUUUCUUGCUCUCUCAAAUGCUGGGACAUUGUUUAUGGUUUCAAAGUUAUUAAAAAAUAAUCCAAAUAGACUUAUAAGAGAAGCAUAUUCUAGUCAAAUUACUGUACUGCAAAUAACACCAUCAGUCUUUUUACACAGUUGGACAGCUGAAUGUUUGAAAACUACUAUCUUAAGUAAUGAUACUUCAUUAAAAGCUCUUGUUUUUGGUGGAGAACCUUUUCCUAAAACAGAGUUACUCCUAGAAACAAAACAUCCUUGUAACACUACUAAAAUUUACAAUAUCUAUGGUAUUACUGAAGUGUCAUGUUGGGCUAGUAUAAAUGAAAUUUUAGUAACAAAUGCCGAGUAUGAUACAAGGUGCUUGGGACAAGUAUUAUCUCAAACUAUGUUCCGUGUAAAAAAUGAAAUGGGAGAAGUAUUAACAGAGGGUACAGGUUCUCUCUAUAUAGGAAGUAAUACAAGAGUAUGUACAAUAAAUGAAGAAAACAUUGAAGAGCUAGAAUUACCGGUAUUUCGAGAUUCUGGUGAUGUAGUUAAUAUUGAUAAAGAAAGUAAUAUAUUUUAUAAAGGGAGAAGAAAUAGUAUCAUAAAAAGAUUUGGUAACAAAGUAGACUUAGUUAAACUUGAAGAAUUGAUGUUACAAUUACAUUUUAUUAAAAGUUGUUACGUCAUAUGGGAUGAAAGUUACCAUAGAUUACAUGUGUGUCUAGUCCUGAAGGAAGAAAUAAGAAAUUAUUUUGACAUAAAUACUGCUGCGAUGGAACAUUUACAGAAAUUAGAUUCUUUGUAUAAGCCAGAUAAAAUUCACGUGUUCGAACAUGUUGAAUAUACUUCUAGUGGAAAAAUUUCUAUGGAAUUUUUAAAACAACGUUGCCUCCAAGACCAAACAAUAGAUCUAAUCCAAGAUAAUAUUGAUUCUCAAAAAAUCGAAAAUAUGUUUAAAUCUAUUUGGAAAAAUAACUUAAAACAUGAAGAUGGUGGGUUUGUAAAAUUGGGAGGUACAUCUAUCACAGCAUUGCAGAUGUCAAGUACUAUGUCUAAAGUAUUCAACGUGGAAUUUUCUGAAUUGAUAGGCAUGCUUUUAAGGGAUGCAACCAUUGAUGAAUGUCUCGCAUAUAUAAAAAUUACAAUGUUAAACAGUCAUAAAAACACAAUAACUGUCAAUACUACAUGCUAUUCUCAUGAUAAUGAAAUGAUACCUUUGAUAAAACGUAUUGGUACAAACGAUUCCAUACCAAAGCAGUUGAACGUUGAACAGUCAGAUUUUAACUUACCAAACGUAACAGAUCACUUGUCUACAUGUCAGUGGUAUAAAUGUAGAGGUCAAACAUAUAAAAAUUUACCAAUCACAAACGAAAAAUCUCAGAUAAAGUGUGAUAAAGUUUCAAAAAUUGAAAUCUUAGAAGCGUAUAAUUUACUCAAAUGCGUAGACGCAUCACCAACCCUAUUUCAAUACACAGACGGAAAAAAAUAUGCAGUAGGUGGUUCUCACUCUGGUUUUAUUGUUACAAUUGAAUUGGAUAAUCAGAUGUGCGUAUCUGCAUUUAAAAUAAAAUUACCUGACAGGAUUGAAGCUUCAGUUUUAGUGUUUGAUAAUUUUAAAGGGGUGGUAGGAUGUUAUGAUAGUAAUGUAUACUGCCUGCAUUUAAAAACAGGAGAAAUUAUAUGGAAAUAUCAAACAGGAGAUAUUGUAAAAUGUACCGCGAUAUAUUGUAAAGAGCAAGAAGUGAUAUUUAUUGGCUCCUAUGAUUGUUACGUGUAUUGUUUAUCCGCAAAAGACGGAGGUGAAAUUUGGAAAAUAAAAGGCAGCAAUGGAAGUAUUAGUGCGUCGGGUUGUUUGCAUUCACCAUCAGGUUCAGUAUUAUUUGGAACUUUGGACGGAUUUUGUUUGGCAUUGCAACAAAGAUCAGGAGAAAUUACAUGGAGACAUAAAUUAACAGAUCCCGUUUUUGUUGCGCCUGUAACACUGAACAGUGGACUUGUCUUGUUUUGUUCUGUAACAGGAAUACUAUCUUGUUUUAAUAUUCAAGCGAAUGUUAAGGUAUGGGAAUAUAAAAUUAAUGGUAAUGUAUUUUCAUACAUUGUAAAGCGAAACGAUGACACAUUUACAGAUUAUGAAAACAUCAUUAUAGCUAGUCAAAACAAGAAUGUGUAUUGUCUACAGUUAAAAAAUUCAAGUUUUCAGACUGAACCUACGUUAAAACAUACGUUAAAUUUUCACUCGCCAAUCUUUGCUACUCCCUGGUGCGAGGACAACUUUUUACUUGUAGCAUGUACAGACGGUACCUUAAAUAUUUAUAAUUUUGCAACAAACAGACUGAUAAAAAGUGAGAAGCUUCCUGGAGAAGUUUUUUCAUCGCCUGUUGUUGAUAAUGACAUUGCGAUUAUUGGAUGCAGAGAUAAUAACGUUUACGUUCUGAAAUUUACGUAAGACGUUAUUGGUACGUGUUACAUAUUAUUUUAUAUAAACACGCUUCAAGAAAAAUUUACCUAUCGAUACUGUUUCGGAAUAUACAGAAAUACAAAGCAAUGGAAAUUAAUAUAGUAUUAUUUAUUUUUUUUUUUUUUUUACGACUGUGACAUUACAGUUAUAUGAAUAACGUUUUAGACAAAAUAAUAGAGAAACAUGUACUUUCUUUUCCAUAUGCAAUACAAAUUCACAAUGCACUUAUUACGACUUUAAGCGAAAAUGCAAGCGAAAUAAAAGUUGCGAAAAAUAGCCAAUCAUUCGUUAACGAAACAUUCACGCAUACUUAAAUGCACACGUAUAGCUAUUUCAAAAAUAAUACGCAUCUGUGCAUAAUUGUCUUUUUCAGAUUUCAUUAAAUAUACCUUCUUGGUUGACAAUGAUCACGAUAUAAAUAUUGAACAAGGAAAUAUUCUGAUUUUCAAGCUUACAUAAAAUAACAACGUUUUAACGACUCCAUUUUUUCUAUAUUCUCACUCAUCUAUAUUUCAGAAUGAGAAAGUAUAUUUAUACAUAUAUAAUAUAUCUAUUUAAUUUAUAUUUAAAUGCUUGGCCGCUUUUUAAUCUUUCUCUAAUAGUUUGACAUAAAAUCAUCUCCUGUAAUAUUCUUUUGAUUACAGGUAAUUACUUGUUUGCAAGUAUUUUAACUUAUACACAUUUAUUUUGCAAUCUUUUUUUAACAUACAUUUUUAAAAUGUCAAAUAUUGUAACUAAAUGUGCAGUAUUUUCUAAUGCUAAACCGCGGCAUGCUAUUUAUAUAUUUGCGUGUGGAAUUCACUUUUUUUAAAGUUAUCUUUAUCUUGUACCUCCUGUCGUGGUGCGUAACCUUUUUGACUACUGCGAAUAGCAAUAAUGACUACAGGAUUGUGUAACAUUUACAAUCUCAAUAAACAGUUUUCUUUAUUUUUUUUUUAAUAAUGAUAGUUAAAAUAUAAUACAUUUA